AGUUAUUUUAAAGUUUUUUUUUCUAGGAGAGAAGGUAUUGAAGCGAGUGGUGUGAGCUUGUACGGUACGAGUCCGUCUUUCCGCAUCUGUCCCUGAGCGCUGCAGCAACAACCACAAAAAGCAUCCCGAAAGAGGUCGUUUCAGCUUGCGCAUCGCGACAUACUCGAUUCACUGGUCUGCUGCCCUGCAUCGUUUAAGAGCAGUGGGCGAGUACUCACGUGGGUGUUGUUUGGCUUUUCGCGUACAGCCUCUUUGCAAUCCUCUUCUCUUCCUUUUUGUUGUUUGUCCAAAACAUUUUUAAGGUACGUAUAUUGUGCUCCUUCAGCUAGUGCGUCGUUCAAAGAAAGAAAGAAAGAAAACGAAGUCAGUGAAGGUUUUUUUCUGUUGCUCGACCAUCUCGUCACCUCCUUCCGUGAUUCAUUUAUUUAGUUACACAUAUAUAUUUGUUUGUUAUUCUUCUUCUUUGUUCUUCGACUGGCUAGAUCCCGCAUUCUAAGCGGGGUUCUUUCUUUUCGUUUCUUUUCUGAGUAGGUCUGAACGAGCAACGCACGCACACGUAGCGCUACUUUGUAUAUAUGCACUUAGCGUUUAUGCGUUUGGCGCCGUCUGCUCUUCUACCGUACCACUGCUCCCCUCCGAAAAAGAAAAGAAAACCCACGCUCUAACGAUUGCUCUACUUUUUUAGGCAUUUAUGUAUUCGCGCUUCACCGGCGCACGUACAUUCGUUUAUUUACCCCUAUCAAACACAAAGCCCCCACUCCGGUGACGAUAGCGGACUCUCUGCGUUGCAAACAUGUUGAGCGUGACGGAGCGGCUGUCGCAGGUACGCAAACGCGCGCACGAGGAAGAUGCUUUCGCGAGUGUGGAGGUGGUGUUGGUGAACACGGGCGCCGCGUGCGUGCAUCGCGGCGAGCCCCGCAAGCGUCAGAGCAACUGCCCACCAGCGUUGCUGCUCCUCGUUGCUUUCACCGUCCUGCUCGUCAUCGUCUACAUCACGGGAUAUCAGCCGCUACAGUCGGCGAGUGAGCGGACGAGGCGGCUGCUGGAAGCGCAGCGGCGGCAGGAGGAAGCUGAGUUCUCGAAACAGCUGUGGGCGGACGUCCUGCGGAGGCGGCUGCAGGAGCAGGCAGCGAUUGGGCGGCCCAGCGUUGGCGCCGUGGCAGCCAUCGGUGACGACGAGGACGAAUGGGAGGGGGAGGCGGUGGGACGCAACAACAUGCUGGCGGCAGGUGCGAGUGCGCCACAGGACGAAGCCGUUCCCGACUCCACCACCGUAUUCUCUCAUCCCUCCUCUCCUAUUUCGGCUUCUGCUUCUACUACCAUUACUACUACGGAUUUACCGAGACCCGCACCGCCAGUUUCUUCGGUUCAGGGCAAUAGCACGCGGCGCCGUAGUAAUAGUAGCACAAGUGCGCUGUUCCAGAAGGAUGAUUCUCGUCUGCGUGUGCCCCCCAAAGGGUUUCCUUCAGCGACAAAGGAUCAUGAAUAG